AUGAUAGUUUUCUCAUUACUUAUAGCGAUUGGUAAGAUUAUUUUAAUUUUAGAUCUUAAAACUUCACAACAUCCUAUAUUUUCUAGCAUCUGCUUGUUUACCCAACCCUUUUAUGGGUUACAGUCCGGGCUAUGGUGGUUAUUAUGCACCAGCCGCCGUGCCCUAUAACCCUUAUGGUGCAUUUGCCAGAGGACCUUAUCGAGCUGAACCUCAACGUGGACCAUCAGCCGAAGGUGCACCAGGCGUUGCACAAAAUCCAGUUCAACCUAGAUUUGCAUCACAAGUUGAUGAGAUCAAAUCAGUGUCGACUUUGAAUUGCGCUAAAUUCAGUGAUAAAUGUAGAUGGGCAAAUACCCAAGAGGAAGAAUUAGAUUGGAGUACUUUGAGUGAAAAUGAGCAAGCAAUGGCAUUUUUACAAACAUUGGGUGUGCAAACCAUUCCAGGUAAGUUCUAAGGGAAUCAUUUAUAGUAACCUACAAAAUUUUCUCUAGAUUUGGCAGCUGGAGUUUUGACUUCUGCUACUAGAAAAGGUUGGGAAGGUGGUCAACUUGUCUCCGAUCCUUUACCGUGUAUAAAUCAUGGGCUCAAAGUUACCGCAACUGUUUGGAAAUCAAAACUUGGGGCUGUUAGUGAGCAACCAAAACUUCAGGUAAAAAAAGAGAAUUCUAUUUUAAAAAUAGAUGUUUCAAAUGUUAUAAUAAAAAUUGUUUAGAUCUGCACAAAAAAUACAAACGAGGAAAAGUUCCCGCUAGUUAAUUGCAACGAAUUUGAUAUUCGUAAUGGUGUUCCAAUGUCAAUGGACAUUCCGGCGCCAAAUAAUCCAAAUACUCCUGCACAAAUUGUGUUUUAUGGUAACAAUUUUAUUGCGGCUGAAGGUGGAGCAUUAUAUUUGCAAGAUAUUGUUAUUGAUGGACAAUUGAGUUGUAAUGGUGAAACUUUGGAUAGCCAUCCGAUUUUAGUGCAACAAGAAGCAAAAACAAUAUCUGAACCAACAAGAGCAAAAGUUAAUGAUAAUGAAAAGCGAAGUUUCUCAGAAUCACUUGGUCCAAUAAAAGCUAUCGAGAGAGCUGGACUUGAAGCAAUUGAUGCAAAUCCAAAUAGUAUGGAUCUUCAACAAGUUGUAGUAGAGAAUGCCCCAAUUUCACAAAUCCCUUCACUUUUUGAAUCGUGUUUGGCAUUAUCUUGUAAUCCAUCAGAUUUGAGUUGCAAGUUCUGGAGAAGUGCUGGAAAUAAUCGAUGGGAGAUUGGUGUUUCUGGAAGAGUUUCAAAUCCACUAACAGGAAUUCAUUUGCCUCCAGGAACUGGUAAGUAAAGAUUUCGAAUAAGUUGUGACAAAAAAAUAGCAAAUUUUUUUAAAAAAAUAUGAAAAACAAUAAUUUUUUAAGCCCAAAAAUUCCUGGUCGCCCCAUUUUUCGAUUCACACAUCACAAGCUAUACUCUGGUCUCUGAACAACUCAAUAUUCCACUACUUGAAGAAGUAUUUUUCUGUUUUUAUGAAUAUUAUGCAACUGAAGGACUCUCAAUCUCAGUUUGCACUGACAAAAUGGAUUGUUUUUAUAAGAAAACUGAAUUGGCUAUGGGAGAAGAUUUGCAGAAAAAUAAAAAGUGGAAUAUUCGAUGCACUAAAUUGCCACCAGGAACAUAUGAGGUAUUGAAAAAAAAUCAGAUUCCUAUUAACUUUUGAAAUAUUUUUUCAGCUUCGAGUGAUUGCUGAAAAUUCUGGUGAAAAUAAAGGAGAAAUCGGAUUUUUACCGAUUCGAUUAUCCAGGGAUGACCAAGGAACACAACUUAUCUGCUAA